AUGGCUAUCACACCCCGAGAUGAAUCCGACUAUGACAGCAGCUGUUCGUCGAUAACCGUGCCGGACUCAAGCCGGAGCUGGAUGAGCAACCUCAGCUUCGGCAGCCGCCGGAGCUCUAUCUCCGUUUGUUCCUCUAGUGACUCGUAUUUUUCGAACUGUCACAAGCCACACAAGGCCAACCAAGCUGCCUGGGAAGCCAUGAAGCGGCUACGAUGUGAGAAAGGCCAUGUGGGGCUCGACCAUUUUCGGCUUCUUCGCCGGCUAGGAAGCGGAGACAUCGGAAAUGUUUAUCUUUGCCAGAUUAGGAACCCGCUUGUGGGGUUACAGCAGUGCUUUUAUGCUAUGAAAGUUGUGGAUAGAGAAGCUCUUGCCAUAAGGAAGAAGUUGCAAAGAGCUGAGAUGGAGAAAGAGAUUUUGGGCAUGCUAGAUCAUCCUUUUCUGCCCACGUUAUACGCUGAUUUUGAUGCUUCCCAUUAUUCUUGCCUGGUUAUGGAGUUUUGUCCCGGUGGAGACUUGCAUGCAUCCCGGCAACGCCAACCCGGAAAACGCUUCAGCAUUUCAUCUGCCAAGUUUUAUGCAGCUGAAACGCUGUUAGCGCUAGAGUAUCUUCAUAUGAUGGGGAUAAUAUAUAGAGAUCUUAAGCCAGAAAAUGUGCUGGUAAGAGAAGAUGGGCACAUCAUGCUUUCAGAUUUCGAUCUCUCUCUUAAAUCUGACGUUGUCCCUAAGGUCAUAAGGUCUGCGAAAGUUUGUCCAGCUGAUCAUCAACCUACUCAUAAUCAUAAAAAUACUACCAAAUGCUCCACUCCAACUUGUGCUUUGCCCAUACAGCCCGUGCUUUCAUGUUUCUCAACUUCCAACAAGAAAUGCACUACUAUUACCGUUACGGCUACACCAUUGCAGCAGCAACCACCGCCGCAGGCGACCAACUUCACAUAUAAUAUUCAAGAGUACAACCCGGAAUUGGUGGCGGAACCCAUUGAUGCUAGAUCCAAGUCCUUCGUCGGGACCCACGAGUACUUGGCCCCGGAGGUGAUAUCAGGGCAAGGCCAUGGAAGUGCUGUAGAUUGGUGGACUUUUGGGGUGUUCUUGUACGAAUUGUUGUACGGGAAAACACCAUUCAAGGGUGAGAAUAAUGAGAAAACUCUGAUUAACAUAUUGAAACAGCCGUUGGCUUUUCCAAGAAUCGGUGUGAGCACGACCAAGGAGUACGAGGAACUGUUGAAAGUUCAAGACCUGAUUAGCAAGUUGUUAGUGAAGAAUCCCAAGAAGAGAAUUGGAAGUUCGAAGGGUUCGGUUGAAAUCAAGAGGCACGAGUUCUUUAAUGGUGUGAAUUGGGCUUUGAUUAGGUCUGUUAGGCCACCUGAGGUCCCCUGUGAUCUUCACAAGAUUAGGAGUAGAGUUAUGAUACCCAAAUUAAGCAAGAAAGAUAGAGAAGCUCCUUAUCAGAUUCCUCAUCAUUUUGAUUACUUUUGAGUGUGAAUUGUAAAUAAUUACUAUGAGUUUUGCAGGAAUUUUCGAGUUAAUUAUGUAAUCCUAGAAGACUGUGAGCUGUUUGAGUGUCUUUCUACGUGCAUGCUUUACUCUAGGUAAGGAGAAUUUAGGGGGCAGAUCAUAUUGUAAGCAUCAUAUCUAAUUGUUUAACAAGGCUUUGAAAUA